AGUAGAACAUACAGUUCAUCGGUGUAGCGUACUCACGCGCUUAUAGUUUGACAGUUGCGUAUUGUUAUUCUUUAAGAUUUUGGACAAACUUGCACAGUUAAUAGGAAUAAGGGACUGUUUGACUUUUUAUCAUGAACAGAGACAGUGGUAGGAUUAAUUUUGUAAAUGCUCCAGGGCUUCGGCCAGUGCGCUUGACAGUUUGCCCGACUACCGGUGGGCAGUACCAACUUUCAGUUUCACCGUUUGAGUCUGUGGCAGGAAUUAAGUACACGCUUGCACGAAAACUUCGCUUACAUGCAGAACGCAUGAGCCUUUUGUAUAAGGAUAGAUUAUUACUGCAUGGGAAUUUAUUGGAUAAUCAAGUGAGCGACGGCAGUCAUCUGACCCUCGUACCUAAUAUGGAAACAGGAACAGCGAACAAAAAUUCUAACUGCCGGGUCAUGCAAGCCUUAGAAAAUCUCUCUGAGUCACAGGUGAACGAUUUUCUAACUGGACGUGCUCCCUUACUCUUAGCAAUGAAACUGGGAGAGCAUAUGAUGUUUGUACAACUGCAAUUGUCAACAUCUUGUAGUUCACGACGCAGGACAUUUGCUGGCGGGAAUCCAGCACACUGUAGCAAUAAUACAUCCCAAAGAGAGAAGCCAAAUUGUGCGUGCAAUCCUCAUCCAGGUAGUCCAGUCCCAGCAGGUCAAGCCCCUGGGGCGAUCAUUGAUAGUGUGAACCACCUAGGUCAAGGAGUCUAUUCAGGGACUUUUUCUGGUACUUUAGAUCCUUCAUUACAAGAGACUACGGGGCGACCGAAGCGUGACAUUGAUACCAUUCUUCAGAUUUUGAAUGACCUCCUUUUAGCUUCUCCUCAGUUACGGCAAUCUGCGGGGCACAUCAGCACUCCCCGAGCUCAACAAAAUGAAUUUGUACAGGAUACUAGCAAAACUGUUUUAGGUGAGACUGUUGAUCAGAAUGUAAAUAAAGUCGAAGACUCAUUACGCGGAAAGGUACAAACUUUGCAAAAAAUGAUGCAAGAAAGGAAAUUACGGCGCCAACAAAAGCGUGGACUUAAAGCACCUUAUCAGUGGUCUAACCGGGUUUCAUCGGGAAGGCAGCGAACGCACACCCAGCUUAAGUUCGAGUCACCUUUAGGAAUGGAGAGGGAAGUUACGAAGACAGAAAAUCAUGCCGCCCCCGAUGCAACAUUUUCCACAGCAUCCGCAACAGCAAUAGAGCACGAGAGUGUACUGGUUUGAAGCCUGCCCAGGCUGAUUAUUGGUUCACACAUUUGGAGUGUCUAACUCUUUAGACACAUUUUGUCUUGAAGACAUUUUGUCUGCUGUAGCAGUCAUAUUUGUUUUUUUGAAGGAAAGGUGGUUGAUGUUGGUGGGUUUUUGUCUGGUCUGAACACAGUUUAGCCAGUGAAACUGGACGGCACAUUUAUAUUGGGCAGUUGAUUGGGUUGUACCAUUAUUUUCUGAGGGAGGUCAUGCCAUUUGUAUUGUACAUGACUGUAUUUUUUAAUGUUAUAUAUACAAGUGGUUAUACCGUCUAUGUAAAAUUGUACACACAUAUGAAAUAUGACAUUGCUAGAGGAAUUGUAAUCCAUUAUAAGGACUGUAACGUAUGCCAAACAAGAAAUAUCGACAGGAACUCUGAAUGUUUUACGAAUUUUCUAUAAUUUGUAGUUUUGUUGAGGCAGGGGAGACAAGAAUGUUGAUUUGUAACUGCCCAAAGUGCCAUUUUGUGCUGCUGCUUAAUUGUUAAUGCCUAUUAUCACAUCUGCAUUUUGUAUUUUGUACCUAGACUCAUAUAUUUAUUGGGAUAUAUUUGCACUGUGUUCUUAGUCUUUCAUGAGUUAAUAUACUAAUUAUAUCAUUUUCCAUAGAUAUCCUGGUGUAAAUCCUGUAGGAUAUUUGUUCUUUUUUUAUAUAUAUUUUUUAUGAGGACUUUCACGAUGAGAUCAUUUUCCUCGUCACAACAGCUGUUGUACUACACCUACCUAAUGAAGAUGAUUUUCAUGUCACAUGGUUCGAUGAUUAGUUUUAUGUCACAUAUUUAUGUACUUUAGGUACAUAUAGGUGAAUAUACGUACGGGAUUUGAUCAUGGUCAUAAAGUUUAUGUAAUAGGCUAGGCCCCUUCAUAAAUAAGUAGUAAAAGUUUUCUGAAUGGAUGUAUCUAUAGUGAAAAUGGGAUUUUAAAUAAUUUUUUUUACUUUGAUCAAAUCAGUGAAACAGUUUCUCCGAAAAUGAUUUUAGUGCACAUAGGUUAAAUCUGUAGAGCUGACAGCUGUCAUUUAUUACAUUGGAAAACUUGGGGAUGUGAUUUUAAUCCUCAGUCUGCUAAGAGCAUUAUUCAAAUAGUUAAGUACCAGUCAAGGUGCUGGGAACCAGUACCAGACUAAAUGCAGGGUACCAAUAUCAGACUCUGUGUCGCGUACCGGCCGCAGACUAAAUGUCACAUGUCUCAGCAGUUUUUUCAGGUUCCAAACUGUUGGACAGUCCAACUCUGUGUUUUUUAUAUAUAUUUGACCUUUUUGUGCACUUGACUGAUAACAAAUUAUUUAGAACUGGUUUUAAGACAUACAGUAUUAAUAUAAUGUAAUAUUUUUUCUGUGCCGUCACUUUUCAUUUUGUUAAGACUUUUCACUUUGAAUUGUUGAUUUACGAUUUUACCUAUAUUAUAAUAAUUGAUCUGGUUUUCUGAGAGCACCUGUGUUUAAGGUAUGUAUAUUUUAUUUCUGAAACCCACACAUGGGUAAACAGAUGUCAGUGGGUUGUCUACAUUUUCCCCGCAUUUUAUUAAUUUAUGUAUUUCCUACGCAUUUCUAUAAUUUUCAUUCGUCUUUAUCCCUGUAAAUUUUAUUGUCUCGUAUAUGCUUAUCAUCAGGGUUUAAAUAUCGCCCUAAAUGCACCAUUUUUGUAACUCGUCAAAAAAAAUUGAUACACUUUUUGCUACUUAAAUUUUAUUUUUUAAGUUUAUUAUUUUGGUUUCAAAAUCUAGAUCGUAUCAUAACAUUUAUGUCCACAACAUUCAAAUUGCCUGUAAAUCAUGAAAUUGUAUUUAAUAUUAUAAAAAUGAAAUAAUUUAUAUGUUUUAGAUAACUAUGUCUAAGUUAAAUGAAUACUGUAAGUACUGUGUAGGAAAAUAAGGACAGAAUCAUCUUUUUAAAUUUUGUUUUAUUUUAAAAUUAAUGAAGAUUAUUUUUUAAAUUUUGUUUUAUUUUUUGAAGAAAGAUAUUGAAAAUAUCAUGCUUAUAUAAUAACGAAAUAGCUAAAUAAUGUACAUUUAAUUAACGCACAUCUGCUUAGUGAAGCUUUAUAACAGUUGAUUACUCGCUGUAACUAGAUAUGUAAUUUAUUGGCACAUACAAUUGUUUGCUCACAAAGAACUAGUAGAUAUUGACGGGGCUACCUAUGCUACCAGUAUAGAUCCAGGCUUGAUCCAGUAUCCAGACUGGAUCCAGCAUUCAGUCUGGAACAAGUCCAGCCUGAAGUUUUUUUUUAAAAUUUAGUAUAUUUGGUAUUGAAAUCCUUUCUUUUUCUGUAAACACCUGAAAAGUUCCAGAUUUAAAGCAGGGCUAACCUUUUUUGUACAAAUCAAUCAAAGCAUAAAUUCAUUUUCCAGUUGUGACUCAUCGGCACUAUUUACUGAAGUAAAUGGCAAUUUAUGUUUUGAAGGUUGACCGGUUUUCUUACAUUGCAUAUUCUUUGAUAUUUUGAGUAUUCAUUGAUUUACAACUUAUGAUGCGGUGAAAUUACAGUGUAUUUAUAUUCUUUAUAAUGUACAGCGUGUGUUGUUUUUUUUGUGUACACAUUUUGGAGAUUCAUUGUUACAAAAAACAAACUUUGCUGAAAACUAACGAUUAUGCAACUGAUGUUAGUAAUUAAGGAUUUGCACAACACAUCAUAUUCAAUGUUCUAAAAUUUUGUGAAUUUUGAUUUCGUCACAUUUGUUCAAGUGCAAGUUUGAUCUGCUAAAAAUAAUUGGGUUUUUUUGGUGUUUUUUUUUGUGAAAUACAUAUUGAUAAGCAUCACUAAAGGUAUGCCAGUUGGGUGAUGAAUAUUUAUUUAUAAUUUAAAAAAAGUAUAUUUUGUUUACUUUUUUAUUUAUUUGAUCGUUCUGGAACAAAAAAAAAUUGUUUGAAAAUAUUUAUAAUUUUAUAUUUUUCAGAAAAGCAAGGCAAAUUUGAUUUAUCAUUAUCAUCAUCAUCUCUUGUUAGUAUAACAAUGUUCAUAUUAUAUCUUGAGGUAUUCUUAUUAUAUUGGUGUCGUUUGGCCUUGCAUUUCUCAUGUACUUUCCGAAUUUGUCAAUACCUGUUUUAUAUUUGUAUUGCACUCCUAUUGAUUUUUUAAAACGUAUUUUUGUGGUACCAUUUUUAAUUAGAUGCAUAUCAGUUAGUUGAUAUUAUAUCAGAACUUUCAUUGAAAAGUUCGCACUCAUGGACUAUCAUAAAUAAGACUUUCAGAAUUGUUUGAUAUUUUUUUUUAUUUUUGUACGGUAACCGUUUUUUUUUUCUCCCAAUAAGAUGUAUACGAAAAAAACUUAACUUGCUCUUGUUUUGCGCAUAUUAGCUAGAUAUGGAAUAAUAUUUUUAUGUAUGCAUGUUUUUAUGGAUUUUAGGGGGGUGCGGGAUUUGAACUUAGUGGUAAUCCAGUUCUUAUCUGCCGGUCUGUCCAGAUCCCAAAUUCAUUAGUUUAGAUUUGUUUUCUUUAAUUUAAAAAGAGAGUUUGAUAUAUUACUAAUUUUUUUUAUUUUGAAUACUUAUUUAAGAAUUUAAAGAUUAUUAAAAUUUUGACAAACAAAAUUAACCUGUACCCUACUUAAUUCCCUGAAUGGACUUGUCCAUCUUCUAUUUUGAAACAAUCCAUUAGGGAUAAUAUAAUGAAAUUUUAGAAAUCGAUCUUACCAAUGGUAUAGAAAAUUGCUCAGACGGCACAGAAAUAUAUGCUAGCACAUAUUAGUGGUGUAGGGACGGCAGAAUCAGGUUUUAACAAUGUGCGGGUAAAGACAAUUUUUUUUUUAUGAAUGAAAGACAAAUUUUUAUUUAUAAAUGUUAAGAAAGUAUUGAAAACCCUUUACCUACUAGAAUGGAACGUUUUCUUCCUUUGUCUAACAGUAUAAAUCCAGGCUAGCCUGAACAUCUAUGCAGUCUGACCAGGCUCUAUACUGUUGGCAGCUAAUUUUUUUUUAUUUUAUUUUUUUAAAUAGGCUGUCCUAUAUUAAAGUGCAUAUCAAUUACACAGCAUAUUCAGUAGGAUAGGGGUCAGUGUGUUACUUUCGAACAUGAAAUCAGAAGUGCAAUAUACGUACAUCUGGGAAAGAUAUUGCUUUGUGCACGAUAAUCAGUGAUGUAUAAAAUAAUUUAUUGCCGAGUAGAUCAUCUGUAGAUAUUAUUAUUAUUAUUAUAUUAAAUACACAAGUUUUUGUAUGAUGUUUAGUUGUUUUCAUUUUGUUAGUACUUAUUUAUGCAACUUGAAUGUUUCUUUGAGGCAAGAGUGUUUAUUGUUUUAAAAAUACUGAACAAAAAAAUAAAUUGUAAAAAGAUA